AUGGCACAGAUGGCACUGGGGACUAGGAGGGGCACGGCGGGAGCGGGCAGGACGAUGCGGACGGCACUGCCACUGCUGCUUCUGCUGCUGGCACUGUUGGGUCAGAGCCGGGCAUCGGACGGCUCGUUCCAGCGGGCGCUGGUGCUGGACAUGGCGCGGGUUCUGCUGGACAACUACUGCUUCCCCGAGAACCUGCUGGGCAUGCGGGAGGCCAUCGAGCAGGCCAUCCGGAGCGGAGAGAUCCUGCACAUCUCCGACCGCAAGACGCUGGCCGGUGUGCUCUCCGCCGGAGUGCAGGGCGCCCUCAACGACCCCCGGCUCACGGUGACCUUUGAACCCGGCUACGUUCCCAUGACGCCACCGCCGCUAAGCCUCCUCCCGCGGGAGCAGCUGGUGCGCCUGGUGCGGAGCUCCACCAAGCUGGACGUGCUGGACGGCAACGUGGGCUACCUGCGGCUGGACCGCGUCCUUGGGCGCGAGACGGCCGCCAAGCUGGGCGCGUUCCUGCAGGACUACGUGUGGAACCGUGUGGCGCGGACCCGGGCGCUGAUCCUGGACCUGCGCUACAGCGUGGGCGGCGAGCUCUCCGGGCUGCCGCACAUCGUCUCCUUCUUCUCUGACCCCGAGCCGCUGACGCUCAUCGAGACCGUCUACGACCGACCGUCCAACUCCACCUGGGAGCUGUGGACGCUGCCGCGCGUCCCCAGCCAGCGCUACGGCAAGCGCAAGGACCUGAUGGUGCUGACCAGCAAGCGCACCAGCGGCGCGGCCGAGGCACUGGCCUACGCGCUCAAGCACCUGGGCCGCGCCAUCGUGGUGGGCGAGAGGACCUCUGGGGGGUCGGUGAGAGUGGACAAGAUACGCAUCGACAGCUCCGGCUUCUACAUCACCGUGCCCGUUGCCAGGGCGACCAACCCGGUGACGGGCCAGAGCUGGGAGGUGACCGGCGUCUCGCCCUCCGUGUCCGUCAGGCCCAAGGAGGCCGUGUCCAGGGCGAAGGCCCUGCUCGCCGCCCGGGCGACCAUCCCGAAGGCCGUCCACAGCGUGUCCGACCUCAUCAGGAGAUACUACGCGUCCAGGGACAAGGUCAAAGUCUUGCUCAAGCACCUGGAGACCACCGACUUCUUCACGGUCAUCUCGGAGGAGGACCUGGCGGCCAAGCUUAACUACGAACUCCAGUCCGUGUGUGAGGACCCACGACUGGUCGUCAAGACGGCCACCUCAGUUCCGGUGACGACCCCAGGCGACUCUGACCCCGACACGACCCCAGGCGACCCCAACGCGCUGAUGGACGAUGUGUUCAGAGUGGAGGUCCGGCCAGGCAACACUGGAUACUUACGUUUUGACAGAUUCCUCGAUGCCACCACUCUCGUCAGAUUGGACAGCCAGAUAGCGCAGAAAGUCUGGGAGCCAAUCAGGGACACCGAUAACCUCAUCAUCGACCUGCGCUCCAACACGGGCGGUCCGUCGGAGGGCCUGCCCAUCCUCCUGUCCUACCUGCACGACCCCACCCUACCUGUCCUCUUCUACACCCUCUACAACUCCAUCCAGAACACCACCACCGAUUACCACACCUCCGCCACCAUCCAGGGCCCGGCGUACGGCUCCGAGCGCAAUGUCUACGUGCUGACCGGCUACCACACGGCGGCGGCGGGCGAGGAGUUCGCCUACCUGAUGCAGUCGCUCCGCCGCGGCACGGUCAUCGGCGAGAUCACCUCGGGCAACCUGCUGCACUCGCGCUCCUUCCGGGCGGACGGCACCACGGGCAUCCUCGUCACCGUGCCCGUCCUCGACUUUGUGGACAACAACGGCGAGCGCUGGCUCGGGGGCGGCGUGGUGCCGGACGCCAUCGUGCUGGCCGAUGAGGCGGAGGAGGCGACGGCCGAGAUCGUCCAGUUCCACCGGGAGAUGCGGGCGCUGGUGUCCGGCGCGGGCGAGCUACUGGACGCACACUACGCGUUCCCCGAGGUGGCCGCUAAGGUGCGCGGCGUGCUGGAGGCCAAGUGGCGGGACGGCGCGUACCGCUCGGUGGUAGACUAUGAGUCGCUGGCCUCGCAGCUGACCUCUGACCUGCAGGAGACGUCCGGCGACCACCGCCUGCACGUGUUCUACUGCGACGUGGAGCCAGAGGCCCCGCACGAGCUGCCCAAGCUCCCGUCGUCCAGCGCCGACGCUGCCUACGUCGUCAACGCGCUCUUCAAGAUCGACCUGCUGCCUGGCAACACGGGCUACCUGCGUUUGGACACGAUGCCGGACGCGGAGGCUCUGACCUUUGACCCCGUGGGGCCGCGGCUGCUGACGCAGGUGUGGAGCAAGCUGGCGCAGACGGACGCGCUGGUCAUCGACGUCCGCUUCAACACGGGCGGCCACUCCUCCGCCAUCCCCCUGCUCUGCAGCUUCCUGUUCGGCCCCGAGCCGCCGACACCGCCGCGCCACCUGUACUCCGUCUUCGACCGCUCCUCCUCGUCCACCGCAGAGGUCACGACCCUGCCGCAGGUCCAGGGCCCGCGCUACGGCUCGGAGAAGGACGUCUAUGUGCUGACGAGCCUCAUGACGGGGUCGGCGGCGGAGGCGCUGGCGUUCGCCCUGCAGGACGCGCGGAGGGCCACGGUGGUCGGGGAGGCCACGCCGGGCGGCUCGCUGUCCAGCGGGAUGUACCAGGUGGGCGGCAGCAUCCUCUACGUGUCCGUGCCCAACCAGGCGCUGCUGAGCGCGGUCAGCGGGAGACCCUGGAGCAUCUCGGGCGUAGAGCCGGACGUCGCCGCCCAGGGAUCGGACGCGCUCAACGCGGCCAAGAGAAUCAUCGCUGCCAAGCAGCGCAAGCAGGAGGCCAGGAGAGCGCAGCGCUAA